AUGCUCCCAGUACUACGCGACAAAGCAGUGAAGGACGCAGAGACAGCAACCUCUACUAGACCAGACCGGCGUCCGUCGACCAGCAACCAUAUCCCCCGCAACACCACCGACGCCUUCGUCAACGAGCACAACAAACCACCCUCAACCUCGGACAGGGGCUCGCCGAGUACGGAUACGCAGCUCAAAAUGUCGCCAACGCCAUCCGCUGGACCUUCAUUCAUCAUGGGACUGCAGUGCCAGCAAGCUCGCCACACCCGAGCAGAACAACUAAGUCAUGGUCAUACUCAAGUUUCUCCAGCGGGUAGAGAGGUCUGCCAGGACCUGGAGCAGGGACCCCGACGAGCAGCUGCACGAAGUAGACAAGACGACCGACUAUCUGGCCAAGCUGACCUCUGCGCAUCUAUGUUCAGAGAGGUGCGCCAGUCAGCCAGCCGACCAAACUUCGUCUUCCAGAGUCGCUGGCGUUAUCGAGCGCCGGCCUUUAAUGAAUCAGCCUUGAAUGCAUCGUCGUCCGACGACAAGUUUCAGGCGUGGCUGGAUGUGAGGGGGUUUAUGCCCAAAUCCGCGGAUCGACUUGGGUGUGGCAGAAUAGCGCUUCCUCUUCCGCUCGCUGACACUUCGAGCCCAUUCUCCACACCUAUUAUCGAUGUUAUCUCGCCGCAAACGAGUUUGGCGUGCGCUGACGCGCUCCGCAUCUUCUACGGUGAAACUGAAUGGACCAUUUGUUCCAUCUAG